AUGGCUUGCGUGAGCAACCUCCCCGUCGUCGGGGCGCCUCGUGGAACCUCGGCUUCCGGCAGCCGUCGGCGUAACGCGCGUAUCAUGAAUAGGAUACAUCAUUCAAGGCUCGUGUCCACCGGAUCGAAGUUCGUCUGCGGCGGUGUCGGUGUAGUCGACCGCGACGCGAUGACAGCCGAAGCGACAGCUGCCUCUGAGUACGUCGCAGCCACCUGGCCGGAGACGAAGUCUUCGAUGCGCCACUGCGUCGUCGACACCCGCGGUGAGCACUUCCUGUAUCAGUUCAGCGAGGAUAAGCCCGAUGGUCUCCGCAUCGCGACUUUCAAGGCUGCUGGCGUCUGCGUGUACAUGUCUCGCCUGGCAAAGAACCUCGAGGUCGCGGCCGUACCCGAGAAGGAGGAGGUCAUUGUCACUACCGAAACUGUUCCUGAGCCCAUUGAAUCGGUAGUCGAACCCGUUGCCAAUGUUGCUCCGUCGAUCCCACCCACCCCCGUGCCGGAGCCUGAGACGCCGAGUGCUCGGGAUAUCACCUCGAAGCCGCCAACUGCGUCUUUCGGUGAAAACGCCGGAAAGAGCGGAGCCGCCGUGUUUGAGCGCGGCGGCGGCAUCGCUUCUUGGCACGGUUGGACGGAAGGGUACGAGCUCGACCUCGUUCUCGAGGUCGACGUUCCCGCAGAGAAAUCCACGGAUCCUAUCGCCGCGGGAGUCUCGUCUGUAUCCCGCGGGCGCCAGGCCCUGAAGAGCGGAGCCGCUGUGUUUGGGGACGGCGUCGGUACUAUAACAUUCAGCGAGGCCCAGUUGCAGACGGCUGUGUUCGAGCCCGAACCGGCAGCUCCCCCGAAGCCGAUGUUGACCGUGGGUGAGGCUCGAUCUGUCAGCAGCGGCGGUGUUGCAUUCGAGGGAGGAGCCGGGGUGGGAGGUGCUCGGUGGAGGUCCCCCAAUGCGCCGGAGAAGGUAUCCGAAUCUACCGCCGGCGCUGCGGACGCGUCUACCCAGCGCAAGGUUGACGUUCAGACUGUCGUCGUCUGGGGAUUGUGCGCCGCGAUUUUCGCGUACAAGAUAUUCUUUGCCCGUGUGUAA